AUGGGCUCGCAGAUUGAUUUUGUAAGAACGGAUGAACUGGAGCAGUCAUGGCGCAUAUUUACUCCGCUGCUGAAACAGUUUGAGAAAGAACGGCCAAGACCUCUUGAAUACGUGUUUGGAAGAUACAAGGAUGUGCGUCUUCCUGAUGCUUACGAGCGACUCUUCCUGGAAGUCAUUAUGGGCUCGCAGAUUGAUUUUGUGAGAACGGAUGAACUGGAGCAGUCAUGGCGCAUAUUUACUCCGCUGCUGAAACAGUUUGAGAAAGAACGGCCAAGACCUCUUGAAUACGUGUUUGGAAGCCGUGGUCCACCAGAAGCUGAUGAAAUGAUGAAGAAGCAUGGAUUUGCAUUUUCCGGUACUUAUAAAUGGGUUCCAAACCCGGGAUGUGCAGUGUCAAAAUAG